AUGAUGAUUCGUUGUAAUCCAUCGCACACCGUUACGACGGGAAGACGACGACGGAAACCAACGGCGUUGCGGAAUUCUCGUUCAAGAACUCUGAUGAGACCACCUCUGCGAAAAGGAAAAGGAGGACUCAAAGCCGCCGCGAAAAAAGGAGACGAGGAGGAAAAGGAGGACGCGUUUGCAUCGAAGUCGUCGUCGGAAGACGCGUUGUCGAGCUUAGAGCAGCUCGGAAUAAUCACCGAAGCGAAAGAAGAGGAGAAAGAAGAGGCAAAAGCGACAGUUGUAGAAGCGAAAGAUGAAGAUGCGACGACGGGAAGAAAAACCUCAAGCAGUGCGGAAGGAGAAGGAGGCGAAGAUGAUGUGAAGCUUCCGGUGCUUUUCCGGAUGAUUAAGAAAGGGUUUCGCGGCCCCCCGCGAGCGGGAGAAGGAGAAAAAAGCACUACGAAUAAUCCGCUCAAUCGACCCAAGUAUCAACGAGCGGAAGGCGUGACGAAGUAUUGGAGUCCGUUUUUUUCUCCUCUGUCGAACAUAUACAACGUGCCGACGGAAGAGCCGACGGCGGCGGAACGGUUGGCUGUUUUGCACUUGUUUUUUUUCGCGGCGGAUUUCGUCGCCGUGAAAACUGGAGCGAAUAUGGAGGGCGGGUUUUUCUUUAGUAAUUUUGCGUUGUUCGCGGAUGCGGUGAAGACGCAAAACGAGUGGUGGCGGUUACCAUCCGCUGCUUUGGCAGAUUUUGGGUUAGAGCACGUCUUGGCGACGAACGUGUCGCUGUGGCUGAUUGGGAGAGAAAUCGAAACGUUGCUCGGGACGACUUCGUUUUUAGCGGUGUACUUUCUCGGCGCCACGGGAGGCGCCAUCACGACUUUAGCCUUCGACGACAGCUCGAAAUUAAUCGCGGGAAGUUCUGGUGCCGUUUUCGCACUCUACGGCGCGAUAUUAACGUACACGGUCCUCAACCUCGAAUCCGGAUGGAACCAACGCGGCUUUACGACGCGUCUGUUUCGAAUCGGCGCUUCCUCCAUCGCGCUCUGUUACAUAGCCUCCGAAACCGCCUCCGACGGCGCCACCCACGUCGUGAACAACUGGGAUCAUCUCGGCGGUUUCCUCUCCGGCAUCUUGCUCGCCUACUACGGUCUGUGCCCGUUAUUCUCCUCCAUCCAGUUCAAACCGGGCGAGGUUAAAAACCGAGCGCAGCGACUGAAUUUGGAAGAUAAAACGUUAGAAGAACCGUUCGCGAAAACGAGCGCGAUUUUAUACGGCGUCUGCGCCAACCUCGUCGCCGCCAGCGUCGUCGUCGCCUUCAAGCGCGCGAGCGGAGUCGAUGAUUUUUAA